CAUAGAAAUGGGAUUUACUUUGGAAAAUGUACAUUAUUCAAACGUUGGUCGUGUGCAUGCAGAGUUGAAACACUUAGAAGUUUUUCGCUUAAACUUUGAGGUCUUUCUAAAUGCAUGGAUGGAUACAAAGGGAGGAACGCAUGCGCAAAUGCCUGGAAAUAUAAAACAAGACUUAAUUCAUUUGUUUUCGUAAACAAUCUAAUCUGUUGUUUCACAAAGCUUUUUGUCCUCCACACCGGAAAAACGCUGACAAGCAACUUCAGUGGUUCAAUGGAGGCAUUGUAACUUGUUUUCAGGGGGUAUAAGCAACUAAGGAAGAAGGAAAAGUGUGGACUAUCCAUCAAUGAACUGAGAAAAGAAAAGUGGGAGGACAGGCAAAGCAAUGGCUGAAAGGCAGAUGGAGAGAAAAGCGUCGGUUUACAGGAGCGUAUCUUUCAAAAAGUUGGAGAGCUGGAGCGCCAAGAAGCGCAGAUCAUUUGGAGAGGAUUUGGAGAGGUGCGGUGCCCUUCCCCCAGACGCUGCAGAGGCGACGCGCACUGUUACUGUAUCCAGAAAAGUUUCCAAAAUCUCCGCGGCCAGCCUCUCAACCGCAGAACUCAAGAAAACCUGUCAUGGAAUAUCUCCCUCUGUACGCAAGCUCUCCGAGAAGUUUUGUUUCAGCUCCUCAGGCAACACUGGAAGCGUUCAAAACACAACUUCACUAGUUAAAAGUGCCGACGAAUCGUCUUCACAUGACAGUGGCUGCUUAUCCAAGGAGUUUUGGGAGCCCACGCCAGAUAAGCUCAAGGAUAAUAACAGAUAUUGUUCAACUCAAGAGUCUGUGUCAGGCUCAGAUUCGGACAGAGGAGAAAAACGCACAAUUCUCAAAACAUUGGGCGCCACCAGAGCAGGGAGCCCAACAUGCAAAUCUCAUCGUAGUUAUCACCCUUCCUAUGGAGAGACCAUUCAUGUUGAUGCAAACUGGCCAAGCGUUACUAAAAUUAGAGAACUAUUUGGGGAUGGAAGUAGAAAGCAACAUAGGUCAACUUCCGAUGCUGAUGACUUGAAAUCUGCUUGUCACCACCUCCAGCAUUCAUUUGAUGCUAAAGACAGCAACUUGAGCUCAGAUAAAAGUGUUACACAGCCCUCACAACUGCCAACAGGUCCCUGGCAAGAUACAAACAGUUCAGAUCAUGACAACAGUACACUGUAUGUAGACUAUUUGACUCCAGAUUGCAUAUUUAGUGCUGAUUAUUCCUGUGAGUUUAGCAGCGGCACAAGCUGUUUGAAUUGUGACCUCCCCACAAAUAAUAGUGGAACCCAAAGCCCCAUUAGCAUUGAUCUUCAGCAUCCUUCUCCCCCAAAACCCCCACCCCGAAGCAGAGCGAGCGCUUUGCCACUCAGGUCUCACUCAUUUGCUCACCACUGGCAGCUGCAGGAGCACAGAACGAGGGCAGAGCAGCCACAGCCACCGGAUAGCUUGCAUUCCUCGCAUAACUCCUCCAAACCACAGACAGGCCCCUCCGUGGAAAUAGCCGGAGCUCAGGAAAGACUGAGCUCUGGAGAAGAGAACGAGGAGUCGAGCAGAUGGACAGGAUCUAACAUUGUUCUCACUAGCGACGGAAUCACCACGCACUUCCCUCAAAACAAGCAUGCUUACAGGGCUAAGUUAAGGGAUCAGUCUUCAGGCAGUGAGGAGGACAGCCCUGCAUCAUUAGCGCAUCACAUCAGGGACGUGAGACGUCGCUCACUAAGGAAGAAGAAGAAGAGCAGUUGCAGCCGAGAUAAUGAGGAUUCAGAUGACAGCGACAAUCAGCCUGUAAAGAUGGAGCACUUGGAAAGCGCCUCUGAUUCUCAUCCCGUGAGCCGCAGGAGUGAAGGCUUCAGAUCUAGAGGAUGUUUUACAGGCCUGUCUUGGACACGAGAUAACCAAUCUACAUGUUCACAUGUAUCUAAGGACAGCUUUAGCCACUUUCAUAGAACUUUUGAGGGGCCAGCUGCAGGCAGCCCUGUUCCACAGGUGUCACGGGUGUCAAAGGUCACCAUACCGUCAUUUAUAGCCAGUCCAUUGGGGUCAAGGAGUAGCAGCAGGUAUUCUAGCACAGAGACGUUAAAAGAAGAGGACCAGCCAGCAAACACCCACACCAUUGGUGGAGACUCAUCAGCUGUUCUGAGUAAAACCUUCCAUAGAAAUGCCACCAUGUACCGCUCACCCAGUUUUGGCCAUGGAGAUAAUUUUUCCCGUGCCCCAGUUCAAGUUCAUUCUAGACUGGUGCCCAGCUUGAAUCCAGUCAACUGUAAAACUGCUAUUUUAGAAAACAGGGUAUUCCCCCAUUCUUUAAAUGAUGAGAAAGACAAGAACCGGAUCUCUAUGUCAAACCCUGACAUUGCCUCAGAAACUCUAUCACUUCUUAGCUACCUUAAGACAGAUCUGUCAGAGUUGAGAAUGAGGAAGAAAGGGCAAGACAUUGAAGACAGUCCAAGCUCUGGGCUUCAGGGCAGUCAGGGCACAUCAGUAUACAGGAUGGGCUCCAGGGCACAUCGACCACACCCUGGACGGCCCUCCCUGAAAGACCUCACUGCUACUUUGAGGAGAGCUAAGUCAUUCACAUACUCUGAGAAGCCAGAAGUGCAGAGAUAUUAUGGAAGUGGGCCAGGUUUGAGGAGUUCUUCAGAGCAGCAGCUAGACUGUGAAGGUAGUGGAGAGCAGGUGGUAGUUCCUGACCGGGAAGUGGAGAGUGAUGACUGUAGGAGUGCCUGCGGUUACGACGAGCCAAUGCCAACCCCUCUGCAAGACCGCUAUGUGCAGGAAGCGAGACAGGUAAUAAGAGAUAUCUGUCAAAUGGGUGAAAGUAAGGAUGACGAUGAUUAUGAGGAAGAUAGUUUCAAGAUAAAAAAAGAUGAGGCUAAACAAGACACUGAAUUAGAAGAUGAGGCAAAUCAAGAAAGGAGGCUUGAACAUACUGUUUUUACAGUGUGUAAGGAAGGAGAAACUGACAGAGAAAAUGGAAAAUGUUUACAGAAGGGAAAUUCAGAGGAGAAUGUGUUCUGUGAUAAGUCAGUGGAUGAGCUCUCUGGUCAUGAAUCUAGCCUGACAGAUGAAGGAAUUGUCACAGAGCCAGAUGUGGGGUCAUAUGGGGGGCUAUCCUGUGGUAAAGAUGUGUUAAGUCAAACCCUCAAUGUUUGGAAUCAAUCUGGGUUGUACGAGGAGCUUUUGCCUGAUACAACACUAGAGAAAUCUCUUUCAUCUCAGCUUCCUUCAGUUAGGACAGAGUAUGAGGAAGUAGCCAUAGGAGGAGACAUAAGCAGCAGUAAAAAUUUAAUCCAGGGGGCCUUAGAGGCUCCGUCUACUCCCAGCACUAUUCGCAGGAGAAGGAAAUUCUCCUCAUCUGGCAACUAUGGCUCAGAAUCCAGCAAUGGUAGUAACGGAGAGUCAAACGGUGAGUCUGCAUACCGCUCGUUGAGUGAUCCCAUGCCUCACAGAAGUUGUUCGAUUGCAGAAGACAGCGGAAAGAGCUACUCUAUGGAUAGCAACUUGCUUGGUUCACUGUCUUUAAACUCCAAAGUGGGUUGUGGUGUGGACUCCUCAGCAGCAGAUCUGUCUGAGUAUACAGGCAGUGCUGCAAGUGACCUCUCUGUGUGUAGUGAAAGUCUGCGAGAUUACAGCACUGUGAUUCAAAGCAUUGUGUGCGAACCUGGUGCGAUUUACAAUCUCAUCGACGAGAAAGUGAAUAGCAAGGCUGUGAAGAAAAAGAGCUUUAGCGACCCCAGUAGACGAGGGGAACUGGCUGAAUCUGUCCUAGAAUUUCAGAGGCAUCACAGUGAGCCAAUUAGCGAAUUAGAGCAAUCCAUACCACCUUCUAGUAGUGAGCCCAUCUUAUCGGAGCAAAGAGAUGAGCUGUGGGCGCUAAACAACGAAGAACGACAGCUUUAUUGUCCCAACAGGAAGCCUCGUUCCCAGUCUGAGCAUGUUUUGCCCUCCCAUUUUGGUCAUAAUGGAGAAACAAAACCAGCAGACGAGCCCUCCUUUCCCUUUGACCCAAAGCUAGCUCAGGUUUUGUCUCCUCGCAUGAGUCGCAGAACCUCCAAGAAACGCACAAACCGCUUUAGUCACCAGGUGUCUUGUGAUGAAGGGGAUCACUUAGAGGAACAAGUUGAGGAGCCAUCUUCUGAAGACCACCCAGACUCCACGUCCAUCCUUCCUAAGCUUGCACCCCCAAAGGCCAGGUCCAAGCAUGUGCGUCAUGCCAGUGAACCUGCCACAUUUGUGCCAAUCGUUCCUUCAAAUAUUCACAUCUCCCAGGACCUUCGGAGGUCUGGUCAUGUCCCUGAGACUCCAGCACCCCUCAAAAUAGUCCAAGGGGAGGAUGCUCCAUCAUUACAGGACGUCACUGAGCAAUACAUAUUGGCUCUGAAACCUCCGGAGGGCCUGGCAGAGACCCAUACAGCCCCUGGUGGGGUCGCACCAGAGGGCAGAAGGUCAACACCUUCAGUGCCUACUGCCACUGCUGAGCCACAACUAGAGAGGAAGUCCAGCGAGGAGCUCACCACUGCCCCUCUGAAGGCCAAACCAAGAGUGGAUAUGAGAAAACAUGUCAUAAUGACACUACUGGACACAGAACAGUCUUAUGUUGAAUCUCUACGCACACUCAUUCAGGGCUACAUGAAGCCACUCAAGCACCCGGAGAGCUCCCCUCUGUGUGACCCGUCUCUGGUGGAUGAAAUGUUCUACCAGAUCCCAGAGAUUCUGGAACAUCACGAGCAGUUCCUGGAACAGGUCCUGGACUGCGUCAGUCAAUGGCACGACAAACAGACGGUCGGACACCUGCUAAUUCAAUCUUUUUCCAAAGAGAUCCUUGCCAAUAUUUAUUCAGCAUACAUCGACAACUUCAUGAACGCCAAAGACGCUGUUAGAAUCGCUAAGGAGGCCAAACCUGCUUUCCUUAAGUUUCUAGAGCAAAGCAUGCGUGAGAACAAAGAGAAACAAGCUCUUGGUGAUCUGAUGAUAAAGCCAGUGCAGCGGAUUCCACGAUACGAGCUGCUAGUCAAGGAUCUUCUAAAACAUACCCCUGAGGAUCACCCAGACUACUCGUUUCUACUGGACGCUCAGAAGAACAUCAAACGACUGGCUGAAAGGAUCAACACGGGCCGACGUAGCGCAGAGGAGCUGGAGAGAGAGACACGCGUCAUGCAGGAGAUAGAAGCUCAUAUAGAGGGCAUAGAACAUAUCCUGAAUCCCCAGAGGAAGUUUCUUAGACAAGAGAUGGUUGUAGAAGCGAAAACAGUGGGGGGUAAGAAGGACCGAUCUCUCUUCCUCUUCAGUGAUCUGCUCAUCUGCACCACUCUAAAGAGAAAGUCAGGAAGUCUUCGCAGAAGUUCCAUGAGUCUGUAUUCUGCUGCUAGUGUCAUUGACACCUCAAGUAAAUAUAAGUUCAUGUGGAAACUGCCCUUGGAAGACUUGGAGGUUGUUAAAGGCUCUAAUCAAGCCACAAACCGAGAUAACAUCCAGAAGAUUAUCAGUCGUUUGGAUGAAGAUCUUAGCACUCUUGGCCAGAUCAGUAAACUGUCAGAAACACUUUGUUUUCCACAUCAGAGUUUGGAUGAUGUGAUAAAGGACCUGAUGGCGGCAGUUCAUCGUGAGCUGGCUGAGAAGCAGUCUCUGGCCUUCAGCAUGACGUUAUUGCCCACUAAACUCGAGCUGAGCACCACCUCAUCUGAGAACAUCUUUAUAUUUGAGUUUAGCAGUCCUGAUGCCCGCAGCAACUUUGAGCAAGCAUUUGAGGAGGCCAAAAAGAAACUUGCCAUGAACAAGGACCAGUGGGACCCUGAGUUUCUGAAGGCCAUCCCCAUCAUGAAGACCCGUAGCGGGAUGCAGUUUUCCUGCGCCUCGCCGAGUCACAGCUGUCCAGAGAACACGUAUGAGGUGUGGGUGUGUAACAGUGACGGUUACGUGGGUCAGGUGUGUCUGUUAAACAUCCGCGAUGAGCCAACAGUGGAGGCUUGCAUUGCUGUCUGCUCGGCUCGCAUCAUCUGCAUCGCAGCCGUACCGGGCCUGAAGAACAGUAGAGAACGUGUUGGCAAUUCUACUCCCUCCGUCCCAUCUGAGUCAAACCCUAUGGUAUCUACUCAACCCCAGCUCCACAUCUCUAUCUCUGGCUCGUCUCUGGAGCUCAGUGAACCCACUGUAGUACCUGCGGCAGAGCUCGUGCCCUUCGACAGCGAUGACACAGAUGAUGAAGACUCUCCCAGUCCUUCAUCCACACUGCAGAGUCAAGCGUCCCAUUCCACAAUCUCCUCCAGCUUCGGCAAUGAUGAGGCAGCGGUGUCUAAAGACAUGGCCACUGAGACAACCAGCUCUGAAGAGGAGCAGGAGUUUCCUGUGCCCAGCUCAUUUGGAGCCCCUCGGCUCAGCGCGGACAGUCCCAUGGACGGUCGUGCCAUGCGACGGUCCAGUCGAGGGUCUUUCACCAGAGCCAGUCUGGAGGAUUUGCUCAGCAUUGACCCAGAGGCAUACCAGAGCUCCGUUUGGCUCGGGACCGAGGAUGGCUGUAUUCAUGUGUACCAGUCAUCAGACAAUAUCAGGAACCGUAAGAACAGCAUGAAGAUGCAGCACUCUGCUUCUAUCCUCUGUAUACUGUAUCUUGAUAACAAAGUAUUUGUGUCCCUGUCAAAUGGGGAGGUGAUGGUGUAUCACAGAGAGGCAGGAAGUUUCUGGGACCCCCAGAGCUCUCAGACACUGUGUUUGGGUUCUUCAAGUGGACCUGUGACCAAAAUGGUUCCAGUGGCGGGAAAAUUGUGGUGCGGCUGUCAGAAUAGGGUCCUUAUCAUGAACACCAGCACAUUAACACAAGAGCACUCAUUCCAAGUGGGUCAGGACAGCGGGCGCUGUGUCACCAGUAUGGUGUGCUAUGGAAAAGGCGUGUGGAUUGCUCUGCAGGGCAGCGCUCACGUGCGGCUGUAUCACGCCUCCAGCUAUGAGAGCCUGACAGAGGUUGAUGUGGCCCCAGCUGUGCACAAGAUGCUUGCAGGUUCUGAUGCUAUUAUUCGGCAGCACAAAGCAGCGUGUUUGCGGAUCACUGCUCUGUUAGCCUGUAAAGACCUGCUGUGGAUUGGAACCAGUGCAGGGGUCGUUCUGACUCUGGUUAUCCCACCCGUGUCCUCCGGCACUUGUCCGGGCUCUCUGCGUGCUCCCCUCCUCCCCAUGGGCUCUGCUCACGGCCACACCGGACACGUCCGAUUCCUCACGUGCAUAGAGCUGCCCGAUGGCUUCGAUGUCAACUUCCCUCCUCAGUCAGAAUCAGUGAACUCCACACAGAACAACUCUGAAAACAGCGCUGGAGGAUUGCAGAGACAAGACUCCACCCGCAGACGCGCCUCCACCCUCCUGCCCAUCAAAUCCAACCUGCUAGUCAUCAGUGGAGGUGAUGGAUAUGAAGACUUCAGACUGACUAAUAGCAGCGAGACGGUGGGGCGGGAUGACAGCACCAACCACUUACUGUUGUGGCGUGUGUAACAGAAGUCCCGCCCCUCCACAGAAGCCGCUGGACUAGCUCACGCACUUCCCCCUGAAACCCCACCCCUCCCUGUUCUCUGAUGCAUCAUGCAUGACUGUGUAAGACAUAAAAAAAGGGGUGUUUGUUUUCGUUAUGUUGUGAUUUGGAUCAAGGCUCUCAGUCAUUUCGAUUCUUGGUGUGAGAAAUCGAUUGCGCUGUCAUGUGGUGUUUCCUGUGGGCGCUUUUAAAUAUCGCAUUACUCGACAAAACUUUAGAAACUGCUUUAAAAGCAGACAUAAAAAUUGAAGGAUGAAUUGACAGAAAAACAACAAAUAAAGAACAUGGACUUUGUAUAAGAAACCAUUAGUAAGUGGUAAAGGGAAUAAUUCACCCAAAAGUGAAAAUUCCUUGCAAACUGUCACCCACAUGUUAUUUACUCACCCACAUGUUGUUCCAAAACAGUUUGACUUUCUUUCCUUGGUGUAGCACAAAAUGAGAAAAGGUAAAUAAUGUACUGGCCACUUGUACUGCACAUUUCCAUAUUACGUUAUGAAAUGAAAAGGGAUUGAGGCUGUUGUGCUCCAAAAUGACAACAAAAAAGCAGCAUAAAAGUGCCGCUUGUAGGAUAUAUACCUAGGUGUUUAGAAGCCUAGCUUUGAGUAAAAAAAGACUGAAAUUUCUCUUCACCGUAGCUCUUAAAUCAAAUACUGUAUAGCGUCAUCAAUCGCAAUGCCUCAAAUUUGAAAAUGCAUAAGAACGAAUGGGAGCUACAGCAGAGGGAAAGAUAAUCAGUGAAUAACGACUUAAAUUUUGAUCUGAUUUUAUUCAUAUGGCUUCAGAAGCUUGACUGCCACAGUCCUCAUUUACUUUUAUAAUAUGGAAAAGAGCACAUCUUAUUUUGUGUAUCUCCUGAAUAAAGAAAGUCAUAUGGGUUUGGAACAACAUGAGUUUGAGUAAACAAUGACAGAAUUUAAAAUUUGUGGGUGAACUGUUACUUUAAUGUUUUUACAAGAAAGAUGGUCAAAGUUUCAGAUAGAUGGAGAGUGUUUGAAAUGCAUCACAGGAGGCAGGGUGGAUUCUGACAGAAGAAAAAGAUGAGGUUUUGUCAUCCCUCUGCACACUUUUACAGUCAGAGUGGCCAACUACUGGUCUUUACUGACUGUGAUUUCAUUCGAGAAUGAAGAUGUUUUUGUUAUAAAACCUCUCAGUUGUGGCAUUCUGGCCAAGACGAGAGUUAUUCGUAAGUAACCAAUGUGCAAUAUAUGGCUAGAGUACCUACAAUCUGCUAUAAACCACACACACACUGUUUAGCCGCACACACACUUUACUAUUCUUCAGUAAUCAGUCAGAGUUAUAAAGAAAUUUUCACUUUAUUAUUUUGAUUAUUGAAUCAUUUUGUAUGUAUAAAAAAUACGAUUUCACUACAUUAUGUAACAGAACAGCAAUGACAUUCCAUUAUAUAGGUAUUGUGACAAAAAUCCUUUUUGUACAGUAUUUAUGUUUUUUUUUUUCAGCUUUAUUUGUAGCUCAGUUUUGGGGUUUUUUAGCACUUAAUUUAUAAAUACGAUAGUCUGGCGUUUUUCUCUACUGAAAUAUUUUUGUCGCACAACUCAAAUUUGAGUCAGUGAGGUCGUGUUUUGUGAAUGGUGACCAGAUUAUAAUUUUUUUUUUUUAAACAUUAUUACCGCAAAU